AACAUGCAUGUAGUUACAGUCGGUCGCUGAUUUCUGCGUAUAAGUGUAGAAUUUCAGUCCAGUCCAUACAACGUUAAAACUUAAAGAUGAAGUUCCAGACUUUAAACUGAGAUUCUUAGAAACACCAAGGAGCAGUGGGAGUAAUUCAUCACUUCGCCAUAGAAAAUCUUCUGGAAAUACAUACCACAAUCCCUUGGAAAGCCCUCUUGCAGCAGAAGCUCAGUGCAGUAUUCCGGCGGAGCAAGAGGCCUCACGCCAGCUCGCAGUCAGCGGGAUCAAGCGAAGCCAGGAGGAUGGUUCAUAAAGGAGAACAGAAACAGCCUCGCUUCCUCUUCUUCAUCUUGGUGUCCACUCUGCCCUGCCUGAGAGCAGAGUAUUCCAGCUGCGGAGAGAAUGAGUUCUACAACCAGACCAGUGGGAGCUGUCAGCCAUGUCCACCUUGCCAGCCAGGCCAGGAGCCCUACAUGAACUGCGGCUACGGUGUGAAAGACGACGACUACGACUGUGUCCCGUGUCCGGCGGGCAAGUUCUCCAAGGGGAAGUACGAGAUCUGCAGGCGACACAAGGACUGUGACGCCUUGUACCGUGCCACCGUUUUGACGCCGGGAACGAUGGAGAGCGACGCCGAGUGCGGAUCCUGCCUGCCAGGAUAUUACAUUCUGGAGAACCGCCCACGAAACAUCUAUGGGAUGGUGUGUCACUCCUGUCAGAAUGCUCCGAAAAACAACAAGGAUUGCAUGCGGGCGGCAGUGGAGUCACCGGGCCGUAGUACCAGCAUGUCAACCAGUACCACCAUCUUUCCACACCCACACAAAGAUCCUACUGGGCAGGGUCACUUGGCAACUGCCCUCAUCAUUGCCAUGUCAAUAAUCUUCAUCAUGGCCAUCGCCAUAGUGCUGAUCAUCAUGUUCUACAUCCUGAAGGCCAAGCCCAGCAGCCAAGCUUGUUGUUCUGGCCAGGUGGUGAAGACUAUUGAGCCUCAGUCAGACAGGCAGGAGGAGAAGAAGGACAUCCAAGAAAAUGUGGUCAUUUUCGCAGAAAAGGAUGAAUUCGACAAACUCAAACCUAGUCCCCCAAAAUCUCCAAAAAGUGAGAACGACGCGUCUUCGGAAAACGAGCAGCUACUGAGCCGCAGCAUCGACAGCGACGAGGAGGCGGCCCUGGAGAAGCAGGGCGCCACCGAUAUGUGCCUGCUCUCGCUGGUCCACCUCACCAGGGACAAAGCAUCCUCCUCUGCCAACAACAACAACAACAACUACAGCAGCAAGUUCACCGGAAGCCGAAGGAAAAAGAUUUUGGGUCUUUAUACAAAAGCCUGCAAUGUUUCAGAGGGCCAAAGCCCCACAGAGCUGCCCUUCGACUGCCUGGAGAAGACCAGCCGCAUGCUGAGCUCCACGUACAACACAGACAAGGCUGUGGUGAAGACGUGGCGUCACCUGGCGGAGAGCUUCGGCCUGAAGCGGGACGAGAUCGGCGGCAUGUCGGACGGCCUGCAGCUGUUUGACCGCAUCAGCACGGCAGGGUACAGCAUCCCUGACCUGCUCGCCAGGCUGGUGCAGAUCGAGCGGCUCGAUGCCGUGGAGUCCCUCUGCUCCAAUAUCCUGGGUGCGGCUGAGGAGACCCCCCCUGCCAGCAUGACCCUGUCCUCUCGGUGUGCCAGCGUGUGAGAUCCAGUCCGGCCCAGCUUUGUGUCCCCCCCCCCAACAGCAUAAAGAAUUGUACCACAUAGAUGAAGAGGCAAUACCAGGACCACAGAGAAAGACAUAAGGCCUUCUUGCUUGUUAAAAGCCUUCCAUGCAACAUAUUUUGGCUAUUGAGACAGGCCGGACUUACGCAAACAAAAGACAGUGGAAAUCUGGCUCUCUUCCCCUGACAGAUUUUCUUCGUCUUCAGUCCCACACGGAGCACAGGGGUGUUGGUAAACUCUGGCGCAGGACGCUCAGAUCAGUGUUCACUCCAGGAUUUUCUGAACUGUGACAGUGGUUAGUUGCGUGUAUGAAUAAAUCCUACAGUUUGAGAUAUUCAGUGUAAUGGGACAGUUCCACUGGAAUGCAGGAACCAGGCCAUACUCAAGCUGUACUGCAAAGAGAGACUACUUACAGCACAGUUCCAGCUCGCUUUGGCUUUCUGCUGCAGAAGGGUCGGUUCAGUAAAGGAGGUGCCGGGUUUGGAGAGCGACAGCGACAGUCACGUGAAACUGAGGAGACUCUUAUUUACUGUUCACAUGGUGUACAUCAUGAUUUACUAAGUGCUAAUUUCUGCUAGCAUGCCUGUGAGAAUCGCUGUGUUUUGUUAGCAUCAAGUGUUCGCGGAAUUAACGUUAGAUUUUGCAUUUAGAAUCCAUUCCAUUUGGCCAUUCUAUAGUACUUUUUAUUAAGUAGGCAGCUGGAAAUUUACAAGUUCCAAAUCCCUCAAUAUAUUGCGAUGUGCGAUGGUACUAAUAAUGAAUAAUGAACAUAAUAUACCCUGUUUCCUUUCAAAUAACCCAUGCAUGUCGACACAGAACACCACUAUCUCCGUGCAUUUAAACCAAUCAGGUGGCGGUGAUGCAACCAGCUCAGCUCAGUCACACUUCUGGGCCUUGCUAGUAAGCAGGGCAAUGUCAGACCAGGUACCAGUCAGGUACAGCUUCUGUGGACACUCAUCCUAGCCCAUCAGGAACAUUAAAAACAGGAACUCAGUUAUAAUUUAGAUCACUAGGAAAAUGUACAAUCUGAUCUAAUGCCUUCAAAAACCAGGCACAGCUAAGCAGAACCUAAACUAAUUAUAUUCUAUUUACUUAUAAGUUUACCUCUUCUGAGUUUAUUUCUUCAUCAUAAAUCCUCGAACUGACGAGUUUAAAUAUGCUUUCCUACUGCUGCUCGUUACUGCCGCUGGUCUUAAUUGGCUGAAAAUACGGUUUCGGGUUAUAGAUAUAGUGCAGAGUCUCCUGACUGCUAACACCCACUAGCCAAUAAAGACAGAGAGACUGACCAUUAAAGUAGCCAGUGCAAACCGCUGUAUGGCUCCCUAAUUGUGAGCUAGGAGCAGCUAGCAAGGUACUAUGUCAUUUGAUUCUUUAUGGCUUGUAAAGAUUCAAUGAGCAGGUCUCCAAACAUUUAGCUGGAUUCUCCGUGUGCCUUGACUCAUUAUUAUAGCAUGUUCUCGCGACACUUUUUAGUUGUCUAUUGAAAAGAAGGUUGUGUGGAAGGUUGUAACAUUUCUUAAGGAGGAUCAGAGCAUUUCAGUACUGUCAGUUGUCAAAAAUGACACAAAUCAAGUUUCACUUACCUCAUUUGCAUAUUGAGUAACAGAGAAGAAUUUAAGGGAAACAAGAUGAAUAACAAUUUAAACCACAUAUGUACCAAAAGUGUAUAUAUAACUUAUUAUUGUACUGUAAAUAUGCAUCAGUAGAAAAGUAUCAAUAAAAUGCUACAUAAAAUUACUUGGGUAAGUUUGGUACAUCGUUGAACGGGUUUGCUUGAUUUUACCGUACAUGGGUAAUUUUGCAGGAAUCUAAUUC